AUGAUCGGUCCCUACGGACCGAAUCACACUGCUGCCCUCUUAGCGGAGGGCGCGAGCUGUACGAUAUACGUUGGCAAUCUCAAUCCCUCCAUCACAGCAGAGCAGUUGAACCAGUUCUUCUCAGCAGUGUGUGGUCAGGUCCUGCAUGUGAGGAUGGCUGGAGAUGAUCCAGCGACAGCUUUUCGGUUUGACAGAACCCGCUUCGCCUUUGUGCAAUUUCUAUCCAAGGAGCAGGCAGACAUCGCCAUGACGCUGUCGGGGACGAUCCUCGGAGGGCUUCCGAUCAAAUGCGGCCCAGCUAAGAAUCCCAUAGUGCAGCCAAGAUCUGUCCUGCCUUCUGCUGGACAGGCUGCUGGAGUCGACGAUUCCGCACUGGAGCAGCUCAAGGCUGCGCAAGAAAGAAUCGCCGCAAAGAUCAGUGCUAAGACACAGAAAAGCGAAGAAGCUUCUGCCGGUCAGGGGGGAGGACGACGAUCGAAAAGUCCGGUCCAGGUCCAGGGAAAGGGGCAGGAGAGACCGAAGCAGAGACCAUCGCAGCAGAAGCAGGGAUCGAAGAAGUCGCAGCAGAGAUCGGCGCAAGAGGAGUUCGAGCAGAGACAGAAGGCAGAUAGAAAGGACAAGAAGGACAAGAAGGACAAGAAGUCCAAAGAUAAGCGGGAUAGAAAGGAUCGCGAUGAUUCUCCCGAGGCGAGGGAAACAGAACCCAAGGAUGAAGGGAAGAGUGAGUCCAAGCAUGAGGCGAAUGGAGUAGGCGGGGGGUCUUGA